AGUAGGAAGAUGGCGGCGGCCCCGCUGUACUGUGUCUGCCGGCAGCCCUACGAUGUGAGCCGGUUUAUGAUCGAGUGCGACAUCUGUAAAGACUGGUUCCACGGCAGCUGUGUGCAGGUAGAAGAGCACCAUGCUGUGGAUAUCGAUGUUUACCACUGUCCCAACUGUGAUGUCGUACAUGGACCCUCCCUGAUGAAAAAGCGCAACAACUGGCACAGGCAUGACUACACAGAGCCAGAUGAUGGAUCAAAGCCAGUUCAAGCUGGCACCCCAGUGUUUAUCAAGGAGCUGCAGAAUAGGACCUUUCCCAGUGGCGAGGAGAUUCUGAUGCGAAUGAAGGGUGAACAGGUGACACCCCGGUACCUGGAGAGACACGGCUUCAACUACCCCAUAGUGAUCACUGAGAUGGAGGGUCUUGGACUCAAACUGCCAGCCCCUACUUUCUCUGUCAGAGACGUGGAGCAGUAUGUGGGUGGGGACAAAGUAAUUGAUGUGAUAGAUGUGGCCCGGCAGGCGGACAGCAAGAUGAAGCUCAGCGAGUUUAUCAAGUAUUUCACCAAGUCCCAUCGACCCAAGGUCCUCAACCUCAUCAGCCUGGAGUUCUCUGACACUAAGAUGUCGGAGUUGGUGGAGGUCCCUGAUGUGGCUCAGAAGAUGUCCUGGGUUGAGAACUACUGGCCAGACGACUCCUUUUUCCCCAAGCCCUUUGUCCAGAAGUACUGCCUUAUGGGGGUCAAGGACAGCUAUACAGAUUUCCACAUAGACUUUGGAGGAACCUCCGUCUGGUACCAUGUUCUCUGGGGUGAGAAGAUCUUCUACUUGAUCAAGCCCACUCCUGCCAACCUUGCACUAUAUGAGGCAUGGAGCUCCUCGCCCAAUCAGAGUGAAGUGUUCUUUGGGGACAAAGUGGAUAAGUGCUACAAGUGUAUUGUACCCCAGGGAACCACCCUGCUCAUCCCUACAGGCUGGAUCCAUGCUGUUCUCACCUCUCAGGAUUGCAUGGCUUUUGGAGGGAACUUCCUUCACAACCUCAAUAUUGGCAUGCAGCUCAGGUGUUAUGAAAUGGAGCGUCGCCUGAAAACCCCAGACCUCUUUAAGUUUCCAUACUUCGAGGCCAUCUGUUGGUAUGUGGCCAAGAACCUCCAUGAAAUGCUAAAAGAGCUACGUGAGGACAACUGUCCACCACCUACCUACCUAGUGGAGGGAGUCAAGGCUUUAAUCAGUGCACUGAGGACCUGGUUGAAAAGAGAGGUGACUGAGCCCACCAGUGAGGUACCAGACAAUAUCAGGCCUAACCAUCUCAUUAAAGAGCUGACCAAGGAAAUCCGCUUUGUGGAGGAGGAACCAGUCAGUGGUAGCAAGCCAGUGAAAUCUCAGGGAAGUGGGUGCGGAGUAGGAUCUGGAUCAAACGGCUGUCCGGCCACUCGCUCCACACUGGAGAGGCUGUGCCAGGCCCGGCGGGCGAGAAGAGCUGCCAGGCGGCUGAGGGAGCAACAGCGGCAGGCCCCCAGAGUGCCCUCCAACCUGGACAUCUUGGAGCAGCACACCAGGGAAGUGCUGAAGAGGCUAGAGGUGGGACCGCUCGAGGAGGAUCCGGCGUUCUGUGCCAAGGUUCACGGGAAGCUCAACAAAGUGUCAACUGCAUCAGCAGCAGCUGCUGCAGAGUCUUUAGAGGACAACCACCUACGGCUAAUGCUGGUCAACGGCAGAAUCAUCAGAGAUAUGAGGCGGCCAGGCAGCAGCCCGGUGAAGACGGAGGGUGAACGGUCAUCUGUUGGCCAAGGUCCACCAAAGAGUUGUGUGGAUGUGAAGUCGGAGAGGACACAGGACAGUCAAGAGCAGCACAGCACGGUCGAGAAACCCGCGCUCCUCAGGGGUCUGGAGAGGGUGAAGACUGAACUCAGGGAAGAAGUCUCAGGACACUCCAGUGUGUCAGACAUGGAGUCAGACAGUGACUCUCCCACAGAGCGUAAAGCAUCGUCGUCGUCAUCCUCUUCUGACGAGGAUUCAGAGAGUUCCCAGGAGGAGGAAGAGGAGGAGGAGGAGGAGGAGGAGAGGGGCUCACCUCAGCAGAAGGGCUCAGGGCACACCAUAGAGCUGGACCAGUCUGGCCAGAAACUCAGGCACAAACACAAGCCACUCAAACGAGAACGUCCUACCUCACCCAGCACAGAAGAGGCCAUUCAGGGGAUGCUGUCUAUGGCUGGUCUGCUGUGCUCCUCCAAGCCAGAGAAGGUAGCCUCGUCCCAGGAGCCCUGGUGGUCCAGCCCGAGCCAGUGUUCGCGGUUGGAGCAGAGGGAGGUGGGUCAGCACCAACGCCGGCUGCAGGGGGACAAGAGCCCGAUGGACAGCCAGGGCAACAGCAGCAGCGAGGCCUGGGACAAUCAGGGGCUCCCCAGCCCCCUCAGCCGAAGCCACGCCACCAGUCCAGAGACAGACUACCAGUACUGUGACCCCUCGAUGUCUCCUCCGCUGCACCCUUCCAAGAGGCACGCCCCCAACCCCCCACCUAUCAGCAAUCAGGCCACGAAAGGCAAACGGCCCAAAAAAGGAAUGGCCACAGCCAAGCAAAGACUGGGGAAGAUUCUGAAACUCAACAGACACAGUCGCGUCUUUGUGUAACACUCCAAAAACGUCAGAGGCAAAGGAGAGGUUGGGGUUUAUAUUCCUGAAGAAGAAAAAAAAAAAAGGAACCUUUGAGUAUUUGUUACCAGACACUUUUGUGCUUUAGAAAAUGGGGGAGGAAAUUUAAAAAAAUAAUAAUUAAAAAAAAAAAAAAAACAAGAAAGAAGAACACACUGCCUGGAGGACGACCACAACUGAACGAAUCUUGACAUGUAAAACACGCUCACUGUGCAUGCUUAGGAGACAGGGUAUUGGAAUUUGGAAAAAAAAAAAAAAAGCAAGUGCACGACUUCAGUACAAGCACACUAAGGACAAAAUAGAGAAGGAGCUUCGAGGAGAGGCGAAGACAAGCAUGUUAUGAAACGUUCUGCUGCAGGGAAAGGUGGACUGAAGCUCCUGGGGGCAUUCAGACGGACUGUAGGUCGUCUACCAAACAAGUAAACAAAACAAAAAUGCUUGCUUUGCCGGGGACACAGCAAGAUAUCUACUGCUUCUGAUGCCAAGAUCAUCUGCAUCACAUUUACUAAUAUAUCCUCUCUCCUGUGAACGCACCCCCACCCUCCUCGCCCCCCCCACAACAACCUUCACUUGCUUCACGGCUGUCUGCGAACAGGAUGGAGGAGCAGGUGAAAUGGAGCUGUAUCUCUCACAGGGUUGUUUCUUUUUUUCCCUCUGGCCCUGGGGGGGAAACGAGGUGCUAAGGAGGAGGAGGCGGCGGCGGCGGCGGCGGCGAACUGAAAUUUCAAAAUGGUGCUCAUUGUUUGUACUUUUCUCCACUCAUGCCCUUCCAGCCCUCACCUCCCUCCCCAACUCCCCCCUUUAUCUCAAUCACACCAGCAAUAAUGACUUUGAGGAGGAAAGAUAAGAGUGAGAGGCAGCACUUUGGUGCAUUCUUCCUGGAUUUUUCUGUCUGUAGAAAAGUCUAAGUAGGUGCAUUAUACAGACUCGCACAGUUUAGUGCAACAUGAACUCUCAAAUCUGCACUGUUGUUUGAUAAUUAGAGGAGAGUCUGUCUUUCUGGGCAGUUCUGGCUAAAGGGAAGUUGCUCAAAGCGCUGCCUCUCAGAUGAAUUUGUUUUGAAUAGGAAUUACGAGUCGUUCACUCGUUUAAAAAAAAAAACUGAAAAUGACAAACGACUCGCAUAUUAUCCUGCUUAAUUUAUUUGUUUUAUCUGUGAUGUUGAUUUUUUUUAAUGUGUUAUUUUUAUGGAUUCUGAAUGAUGUAUUUAUUAAUUGAAAGAGAUGAUUUUAUUUUAUUUUGACCCUAAAACCUCAGCUGUUCUGAGGAGAUUUUUCCUUUAUAGGGUUGUUUUUUUCUUUUUUUAAAUCUUUAACAUACUUUUUUGUAAAUGUGGAUGUUUUAGAGUUCAUGUGAUCAUCAUCUGUUGAGUAGCAGUUUACCUACAAAUCGUUUAUCACCUUUUGAUUCUGUCACAACUCUUUUCCCUGCCCAGUUGAAUAGAUCCUGUGUUGAUUCUCGUCUGUUCGGGAUUCCUCUUCUCCCUGUAGCCAGAGGGGUUGGGCUAUGUGCGGAUAGAGACUAGGUUAGGUUGAGAAAUGUCAGCUUCCAUAUCUACACCUGAGCUUUUUCAACUAGUGCCACUUAUCAUUUAGCAAAAAAAUCAAAAACAAACAAAAAAAAAAAAAAACAAGUAUUCUGAGCCACUGUGGUCGAUCCAAAGUAGUUGAUGUAUUCAGAAGAAGUGAACUUUUGAGGAACUUCAAUUGGAUGAGUGAGUUUUUUUUUUUCCUUUUCUGUUUAAAUUUUUUUUUUUUUUUUUUUUUUUUUUAAUAAUACCAGUGCUGAUGUGAGAGGUGUGUUUUGCUCGGGGUGCGCAGUUCUUCACUCUCAGGGAAUGAUGCCAUGGACAUAACCUUCGAUUAACCACCAGCCACGUCAUGGAUGCAGGCAGGAUGUUCUCAGCACUCGCUCAAGACUUUAAGCUUCACCUCCUGCUUUGGAGUCGCUGAGGUUUGCUUGUUUUUCAUUGCUCAAAAAAAAAAAAAAAAAAAAGAUUUCAUGGUCGUGGUUUUCAAGUUGAAAGGAUAAGCUGUGCUUUUACCAGUCAGUCAUUGUACCUUUACAGUAGGCUACUUUUACAGCUUCUGUUAACAUGGAUUUGGUAUUGUCCCCCGCUGCUUCCUAACACACUUUCAGCUCAGUGUUAUACAGAAAACACCCGAGUCUAGUUGACUCUAAAAAGCAUUUCACCCGUGUAAAUGACACCCAGACUAACUGCUGCCAAGUAGCUUUAAGACCGCUCAUUUAACAGCGUGAGGCUUUGAAAAGCUUUGCUCAGGUUGACUUGUCGUGCACAUGACCUGUGGGUAACCACUCAGCCCUGACGAGGUGUUUCACGUAAUCCUAAAAGAAAAGAACCAACUUACAAAAUUAGUGGUAAUCACAUUGCCAGACCGAUUUUCCUCCCUUUUCCUUACACUACACUUUAACCUUUGAACUCUUUGCAUGUCAAGUCAUUGAAAACACACGAGCUGGCCCGCAGGCAGGGUUUGUUAUGAGCUGUAGUAUUCAUCGUACAGGAUCUGUCCCCCUUUUGCUUUUAUAUGCAGCUCUCUUGGCAUUUGUGUUAUGUGCGUUGGUCCUUGCGAUGGUUUUUUUCCAGAUUUAAAUGGCUUAUGAUUUAAAAUAUACAAACACUGGCUAACUGUGACACUGUUAAUGCGUUGCAUUUUGUUUCUGCAUUUCAAAAAUUGCGUGUAAAUAAAACUAAAGAAAUAACA